CUUCUCUUUAACACCUCACAGUUUUGCUUUGCUCCAAUAUCUCACACAUUUGGUGAACAAAACAAUUAUCACUUACUUGCAGUUGUUCACCCUCUCUCUCUCUUAUCCCUCUAUUGUAUGAAUACAAAUAUUUCAUAAGCAUCUCUCUAUCUCUUAUCUCUUCUAUUCUAUGAAUCCACAGUUUUCAUAAGCAUACUCAGAGAAAGAGUAAAACCCAAGAACUCAAAACCAUGACUUCCCACAGAAGGGACCUCUCCAAUCAUUUCAUCUUCCAUCUUCUUCUUCUUCUCCCUACCCUACUCCAAGCUCUUAACACCGAUGGUGUCCUUUUGCUCUCUUUCAAAUACACCAUCACCAGUGACCCCCUCUCCGUUCUACGAAACUGGAACUACGACGAUGAAACACCAUGUUCUUGGACAGGUGUUACCUGUACAGAGCUUGGGAGUCCAAACACUCCAGACAUGUCUAGAGUCACAAGCUUGGCUCUUCCCAACAAACAGCUUCUGGGUUCUGUCUCUCCAAGCUUGUUUUCAAUCCCAAAUCUAGGAAUCUUGGACCUCUCCAACAAUUUCUUCCACGGGUCACUCCCGGAUACACUCUCCAACGCUACUCAGCUUCGUGUUCUGUCCCUUGGUAACAACAACGUCUCCGGUCAAGUGCCUGAGAGCAUCACCAACGUGGCGACUCUCCAGCUCUUGAAUCUCUCAGCUAACGCCAUCACCGGUAAAAUCCCUCAAGAUCUCUCACUUCUCAAGAACCUGACGGUUCUUGAUCUCUCCUCAAAUCAUCUAGACGGAUCUCUUCCUCAGGAUUUACAAGGAACAAGUCUCCAUUACCUCAACUUAUCACACAAUCAAAUAUCCGGAGAUAUCUCUCCAACGUUCGCUCAGAAAGUUCCAGCGAGCAUCAUUCUCGAUCUCUCAUUCAACAAUCUUACAGGACCAAUCCCAAGUACACCACCGAUGCUUAACCAAAGGGAAGAGUCUUUUCUCGGUAAUCUAGGCUUGUGUGGUCAGCCGUUGAAGACCCCUUGUUUAAUCCCUUCCACACUUUCAGACCCACAAAACAUAUCCGACACUACUUCACCAGCAAUAGCGGUAAUGCCGAGGUCUUCCUCGCCUCCAACAAACCCUUCACCAGAAUCACCACCGAACCAAAGCAAACUAAAACCAACCACAAUAGUAGGAAUCACAGUUGCUGAUAUCGCCGGUCUAGCCAUCAUAGCCAUGAUCAUCCUCUACGUAUACCAGCUCAGGAAACGUAGAAGCUACCAAGAGUACAGCACUUUCAAAGUCUUGAAAGACUGUCUGGAGAAAAACGACACUUUAUCCGCAAAGAAACAGACCGUUUUCGCCUUGGAGGUCACGAAAUCUCCACCUGCUAAACCGGGAUGGGGCUCGUGCCUAACCGGAAGGUACGACGAGACGUCCACGGAGAGCAGCGACGUAGAGAACCAGAUUCAAGACCGAAAAACAGUUGACGCGUUGAAACGCGACGGUGAAACUCAACUAGUGACCGUCGACGGAGAGACGAAGCUGGAGCUGGAGACUCUACUGAAGGCGUCGGCUUACGUGUUGGGCACGAGCAGAGGAGGCAUUGUGUAUAAAGCGGUGCUAGAGAACGGCGCGGCGUUUGCGGUGCGGCGGAUCGGAGCUGAGAGUUGCACGGCGGUGAAGUUGAAGGAGUUCGAGAGAGAGGUUCAGGGUAUCGCUAAGCUUCGACACCCGAAUCUCGUUAGAGUUCGUGGGUUUGUUUGGGGGAGCGAAGAGAAGCUUCUCAUCUCCGACUACGUCCCCAAUGGAAGCUUGCAUUGCUCCUCCAUCUACUCAAAAUCAGGGUCGUCUUCUACAUCUUCGCCAAACCCUCUCUCGUUCAAGGCACGGCUCAAGAUAGCAAGAGGCAUAGCUCGAGGAAUCGCCUACAUCCAUGACAAGAAGCACGUGCAUGGCAACAUCAAACCCAAUAACAUCCUCUUUGACUCUGAGUUUGAGCCAAUUAUUACAGAUACAGGCCUUGACCGCCUAAUGACUCCAGCCCAUCCACUCAUCGCUGGCCCAGCAUCAGGCUCACAGCACCGUCCACCAGAAUGGUCUACAAGCGAGAAACCAAACCCCAGAUGGGACGUUUAUUCUUUUGGUGUUGUCUUUCUGGAGCUUAUCAUGGGUCGAGUUUUCUUGGUUGAUCGAGACUUUGUUCGAGAAUCUGAAGUCGAUGAGAAAACUUGGUUCUUGAGGUUGGUCGAUGGGACAAUCAACAGUGACUUGGCUUACCACGAGGAUGAAGUGGUUGCAUGCUUUAGGUUAACCUAUGGUUGUGUCUCUUCCUUGCCUCAGAAGCGACCGUCCAUGAAGGAAGUUGUUCAAGUCCUAGAGAAAAUAUCUGUUUAGUUGUUUACUUAUUCAAUGUAAAAGUAUAAAUUUGGUCCAUCUUUAAAUUUGUUUGUCACUUUUUUCUCUUUAAAAAAUUAUAUUCUUAUUAAGUAUUUUGCUUGUUGCUUAACUUUGUUAAUUUUAAAAUAUUUCUGUUUUUUAAGCA